UAAAAAUUACACACAAUAUGUGUAAUUACACAUGAAGUGGCAACACUGGUCAAGAUACAGAUUUUGAAGAAAUAGAUAGAAGUGCUGCUAUACAAAAGCGUAGAGAAAGACCUAGGUCAAUAAAAACAUGUAAGCCUGGGAGACCAAAUGAGCAGUUCAACAGCCUUAACUUGAUGACUAAAAAAGAAAUAAAAAUUCCUCAAAAUGUACAUGAAGCAGUGAAUUGAAGGCAUGCGGAAAAGUUGAUAAAAACAAUGGAGAGAGAAUAUAAUUUACUUAUUGAAAAUAAUACUUGGUCCGUGGUCCAGCUACCAGCAAAUCAAAAGGCUUUUUCAUUGAUUUUUUCGUUGACGAAAGAUAAAAAUGAUAGGGUGAAAAGAUUUAAAUCGAGGAUUGUAGCAAAAGGCUGCAGGCAAAAGUAUGGCAUCAAUUAUGAAGAGACGUUUUCCCCGGUAAUACGAUACGCAAAUUUUAGAUUGCUGUUCGCAAUUGCUGUUGAACAUGAACUUCAUAUGCAUUAAAUGGACGUUACAACUGCCAAUUUUCACGAUAAUGUAUGUAUGAAAAUUCCUGAACAUUUUGAAAUAAUGCUGUACCCAAACUCAAUAAAUCUUUGUACGGACUAAAACAGUCUAGUUGUAAAUGGAAUUUCAAAUUAGAUAAUGUUUUGAAAGGAUUUGAUGCCUCCAAGUGAACCCUGUCAUAACCAUAAGCUCAAUUUUAUUGCCGUAUGUAUUGACGACAUUAUCGUAGCAAGUUCGGACAAAAGUAGCAAAUAUCAACUAUAUCGUCAACAAGUUCAGUUUCCACUAAGGCUUUGGCUGAAAAAUUUCUCUAGCAAAAACUACCGGGCUCACUCGCCAAAAUUAAUAAAAAAGAAAUGAGUGAAAUUGACAAAAACAUUUAUGAAGUCCAAUUGAAUGUAAACAUUAUAUCAUCUUCACAAAAAAAUAAUUUAUACCAGUAUUUAAAGAGAAACCCAUCUUCCAUUGAAAAUAAAAAAUCAACAACAGAUAAGAAAGAACUAACUUCAAAUCAAUCAUCUUCAAUUAAGUCUGUAAACACCGAUGCAAGUUGUUCUUUAGGACCUGGCGAUCAUAUUCAACAGCAUUCCAAAGCGCCAACGUUACCCAUACAUUCUCCACACUCACCACUGCUAUGUGACGAGUCGGCCAAUUAUCAUUUAAAAAAGACAAAAUUGUCUGCCAGGUAUAUUAAUAAUACAAGUUUUAAUGCAACAAACGAUAAUUCCAUGCUUGGUACUGAAACAUCAUCCAAACUAAUAUGUUAUUGUGAAAAAGGAGGAGAGGAAUCUUUAGAGUGUUCGAAUAAAAAAAUGUCAGUAGAUUUUGGUGUAGCAAAACGUUUAGUUCCUACACGCAAUGCAGCCACAAGUCCACAUUUGGACAUACGGAAACUGGGUAGUAUGACUACGGUUACACCCUCCCCCUCUUUAACAAACGACCUGUGUUGUAAGUUGACAGAUUGUAGAAAAAAUCAAUCAAAAAUCCAUAACGCUACAAAAAUAGUUGACGAGCGAAAUAACAAAAAAGUAUUACAUAAACUCAACUCUAUUGGUGAAUCGAAAGAUAUAAAACUUCUUCGAACCACACGUUCACUGUCACCAAGACCACCUAUACGGCAUCAACAUGCCAUACUAGUAUCAGAAACUAGAAACGAUGAUAUGCAAUAUUCUCGAUUAUCUUCAAUUAACGCUCGUACCAAUAAACAACAAAUCAGCAAAGUUUGUCGAUCUGAACAGUCUUCUCCCAAUGUAAUAGAUGGUACAGAAAUACAAUUUUCAUACAAUGAAUCAGCAAAUCGUAGUACAGGUUGCUUGGGUAAUGUAUAUUCUGACCCUUGGUUAAAAAUAACUAGUGCCGAUAAUAUGUCAUCUUCUAAUUUGUCUGCAAAUACAGAGAAACGAUUUAAUCCCGCUAGCAUAGUCCUUAAAAGCAAUGAUGAUCCUUGGGUUAAAAGGGCAGAUAUAGAAUCCCUCCCUAAAUCUUCUAGAUAUGAGUUGUUUCGUCAAAGCAAGUCAUUUUCGGUCUCUAAAUUUGAUGUAGAUCCAUAUUUAUGGAAUAGUACUAAAUCUCCUUGUCACUUAAAUGAUGGAAAAAAUGGAACUUCUGUAAUUAACGUCAAAACAAAGUUGCGAUCAGCUCCGUCUUCUCCUCACUUCUUAACAGCGCCAUUAAAUAUGUUCACAUCGUCUACAUAUCCAACUAACCCAAGUUUUAACGAAAAAACUCCCACACGAUCGUCUAGUUUUUCACCUGCAAGAAUUAAGGACAACAAUAAUCCUUUCACGGAUUAUACUUUACACCGAUCUAACUCACCUCCGCCCUCAAUAUCAGUUGCUGCCGAAAUUAUUGAUGAGCAAAACAAAAGUAAAUCAAAAUUAAAUAUUCGGUCUACGAAUUACGAAUUUUUGAACGUGUGUAAUCCACUACUUUUAAAUGCUAGACACAGUUUCUCCUCCGUUUCUGAGAAACAACAGGGAGAAGAAUUGCAACUUAAUAUACGACGUCUAUCUGAUCAAAUGCAUCGUGCUCACACAACUCUUACCAAUUCCAUUAAAACAUUUUCAAGUGAUUGCUAUGUUAGAGAAAAUCGAAAAGAUGAAAAUAAAGCAUUAUGUUUUGCAAAUGACACAAAGGAGCCAAACAUUGGAGAAGGAGCUGCAAUGAACAGGGCUGACUUCUCGGACUAUUUGGAGCAAUUUAGAUGCAGUGAAGCCAAAAAAGCAGCUGUUAAUAAGGAAAGAUCAUGUUUGUGGAGGGAAAAAAAUAAACUUACAAAAUCACAAAUUAAUCAACCGAUCGCCAUUAAUAAAACUCAACAAUCAUCAGAUUGUCUUUUGGAGACUACAUGUUGAUUUCUGCAACAAUCUAUUCUAUUAACUAAUUAUUUCUCAUGAUAUGGCAUCAAUGUAAUAUGCAAUCAUACAUGUAUUUUACGAAAAAAUAUUGGUAAAAAACUAAUAAAAACAUUCAUAAAAUAAAUACUCCAUUAAAAUAUA